AUGUCUGUUUACUCGGCCAAGGAUUUCGAUUCACGGAACUACAACGAUAACAGGCCAACCUAUCCCGAUGAGUUUUACGAAAUUUUAAUGGACUACCAUCAAGGUCCUCGCUCUCUCGCUAUCGAUGUAGGAUGUGGCCCCGGAACUGCAACAUUUCACCUGGCAAGUGAAAUCAAAUCAAUUGACUGUAUCAUUGGUACCGAUGCUUCAAGUACCAUGAUCGAUACAGCAAGACAAUUACAGAAUGCCCAAAAAGUUGGGAAUUUAUCCUUCGAAGUGUCCCCCUGUGAAAAAUUUGAAUUUUUAGGUCCCGAAAGAACCAAUAGCCACUCCUGCGACUUGAUAACGGCUGCUGAAUGUGCUCAUUGGUUUAAUUUCGAGGACUUUCAGGAUUCUGCAUGGAAGAAUAUGCGUAGAGAUGGAACCAUCGCCGUCUGGGGCUAUUCUGACGCUCUAUUUGUCAAUUAUCCAGACCUAGACGACAUGAUGAACGGAAUAACCUAUAAUUCGGAUAAACUGGGUCCUUACUGGCAGCAACCCGGUCGCAACAUCCUUCGUGGAAUGUACAGUGAAAGAAAACUCGAUCCAACAAAAUUUAAAGACAUUCAGGACGUUUCCCUACACGUUUCUGACUACCGCACCGGAAAUAUUGACACUCUAAAUCCUAGACCUCUGAAAGUCUGUAAGAAGCAGACCAUCAUUCAAUAUGCAAAUUACAUUAAGUCAUGGAGUGCGUAUCAUUCUUGGAAGAAAGACCAGGAGAACGAAGAUUCUGAUAUCGUUGAUGAUUGGGUCCACAAGGUUCUUCAAGUCCAUCCCGAAUUAGCUCAUGAGCCACAGCUCAUUGCUUGGAAUACUUUCUAUAAGUUUGGAAGACGUCUGUAA